GCCACCAUCAUCAAAACCUUCAAUCUAUAAAUUGUUUAAUAAGGAAAAAACGACACACUUGUUACUUCAAAGAUUUGAUUACUUCCAUACGUGGUAUGCUUGCCAUAAAUGGUAAGGAUUGAUAAAACUCAAAAGGUGAUGAAGGGAAUUUUUAAAUCUUAUCUUAUCUGAUUAGGCACACUUACAAAAGAACUCAUAAUGAAAUAAAAGCGUGUAUGAAAAUUUGGAUUUUAUUGAUAAAGUGCAGCUGGCGCAUUUCAUUUGAAGUAUAGGAAUAGUAUUGUGUUUUAAAGGAUGAACAUUUUGUCUGCUGUUGUCAUUUCUGUUUACUAAUCUUCAGUCUACUAUUUUUGUAAAUGUGCAUGACUGUUUCCAACAUUCUGUUAAAAAUAUGAAGCCGUAAUGACAAAAUGUCCAACAUCCCACUCCAUUUCCUCUCAACUUAAGGUAAACUAAUUUACCAAUAUUUUAUACACACUAUCAACAUUACUUAAGACAAAAGAUAAUGAUAACAGUUGGUUAGAACAAAAAAUUUGAUUAAAGUGUUGGAACUAAAAUAAAAUUAAUGUCAUAACAGUUUGUGUAUUGAACGGGUACAGGUUGAAAAAUCUAAAGGCAAACAGGAUGGAAAUUGAGGCUACAGGAAUUGUUGAAGUUAAUGGAACAGCUCACAUUGAGGAGUCCACAGUAGAAAAUGGAACACCUAUGUCUGAUAUUCCUUCCGCGAAGCUAGAGGAAAUUGUAGUAACAGAUUAUAUAAGAGAAGCUCUCGAUAAAGUUGCAAUUGCUGAAGGAUUUCAAAAUUAUGACUUCAAUGUUGAUCAUGGAUCAAGCAUCGGUGAUGGAUUUGUUGGAAUUAUGCUUAAAGUUGUGAUCAAUGAGCUCGACAGUGAUAAGACAUUGACAGUUCUGGCUAAAAUUCCACCUGCAAGUAAAGCUCGUCGCGAACAGAUGAAAGUUAUGAAAUUAUUUGAACGUGAAGUUUUUGUCUAUAACGUUAUGCUUCCUGAAUUCGCACAAUUUCAAAAGGAUAAGAGAAUUAGUCAACAAAAUGGAUUUUUCAACUUCCCAAAAGUCUAUUAUGCUGAUUACUGCGAAGAAAAGGACGAUGGAAUCAUUAUUAUGGAAGAUUUAAGAGAAAGUGGACAUAGAAUGUGGAGUAAAUACAAUCCAGUGAAUUUAGAACACGCUAAAUUGUUAAUGGCAUCUCUUGGGCGUCUCCACGCAGUUUCUUUUGCUAUAAAAGCGAAAAAUCCCGAAAUGUUCGAAAAGUACAAGAAUCUUAAUGAUUAUUUUAGUGAAAAUUUCUCGGAUACGGGUUUUCAAUUUUUCAUGACCAGUGCAAUUAAUAAAGCUAUAGAUUGUUUGGAUCCUGAAGAUCUAAAGAACAGAGCAAAGGCUUUAAAACUUCUUGACUACUUGCAACAUGGAAUUUCUGAUUGUAUGACUCCUGAAUGUAUUGAGCCUUAUGGAAUUGUGAAUCACGGUGAUUGCUGGACAAACAAUUAUCUUUUUCACUACACGAAACGAGGCAGACCCGAAAGCAUUGUGUUGAUUGAUUGGCAAAUUUCAAGAUAUUGCUCACCAAUCAUUGACUUGGUGUACUUUAUUUUCAUCUGCACUGACCAUCAAUUAAGAGCUAAACAUUUUGAUGAAUUAUUAAACAUCUACCAUCACUCGUUAAAGGUAUUACUGGAUCAUUUAGGUGGUGAUACAAUGGUUCAGUUCCCAUUUACAGCAUUUUUAAGGCACUUGAAGAGAUUCGGUAAAUUUGGAGUUGUAAUGGCUUGCAUGAUUCUUCCAAUGUUACAAACCAAGAAUGAAGAAUUGAUGGAUAUGGAUUAUAUGGCAGAGAAAAUGAACAAUCCAGAUCCUGUCGAGAUGGAAAAAUUGAUGAAGGAAUUUAUGGAAAAAAGCAGUGGAUAUCAAACAACACAAAUAAGAAUGCGUGAAGUGCUUCUUGAUGCCAUUCGAUACGGCUACUUGUAAAUUGUAAGGAAAUCAUUCAAAUGCAAUUUUAAAUAAAGUUUAAGCAAUGAUUUUUCACGCUUUAA